GAUUCUGAUGAUGGUGGGCCUGCCCGCUGCCGGUAAGACCACGUGGGCCAUCAAACACGCAGCCUCCAACCCCUCCAAGAAGUACAAUAUUCUGGGUACCAAUGCCAUCAUGGAUAAAAUGCGGGUGAUGGGCCUACGCCGGCAGCGGAACUAUGCUGGCCGCUGGGACGUCCUGAUCCAGCAGGCCACCCAGUGCCUCAACCGCCUCAUCCAGAUCGCCGCCCGCAAGAAACGCAACUAUAUCCUAGAUCAGACAAAUGUUUAUGGAUCAGCCCAGAGACGAAAAAUGAGACCAUUUGAAGGCUUCCAGCGCAAAGCCAUUGUAAUUUGUCCCACUGAUGAGGACCUAAAAGACCGGACAAUAAAGCGAACCGACGAGGAAGGGAAGGAUGUCCCAGAUCACGCGGUCCUAGAAAUGAAAGCCAACUUCACAUUGCCAGACGUUGGGGACUUCCUGGACGAGGUGCUGUUCAUUGAGCUGCAGCGGGAAGAAGCAGACAAGCUGGUGAGGCAGUACAACGAGGAAGGUCGCAAGGCCGGGCCACCCCCUGAAAAGCGCUUUGACAACAGAGGCGGUGGUGGCUUCCGGGGCCGCGGGGGUGGUGGCGGCUUCCAGCGCUAUGACAACAGAGGCCCACCAGGGGGCAACCGAGGAGGCUUCCAGAACCGAGGGGGCGGCAGCGGUGGAGGAGGCAACUACCGAGGAGGCUUCAACCGCAGCGGAGGUGGUGGCUACAACCAGAACCGCUGGGGUAACAACAGCCGGGAUAACAACAACUCCAACAACCGAGGCAGCUACAACCGGGCUCCCCAGCAACAGCCACCGCCCCAGCAGCCGCCGCCGCCGCAGCCACCGCCCCAGCAGCCGCCGCCGCCACCCAGCUACAGCCCUGCUCGGAACCCACCGGGGGCCAGCAGCUACAACAAGAACAGCAACAUCCCUGGCUCGAGCGCCAGUACCAGCACCCCCACUGUCAGCAGCUACAGCCCUCCACAGCCGAGUUACAGCCAGCCACCCUACAACCAGGGAGGUUACAGCCAGGGCUACACGGCCCCACCACCUCCACCUCCACCACCACCUGCCUACAACUAUGGGAGCUAUGGCGGCUACAACCCGGCUCCCUACACCCCACCGCCGCCCCCCACCGCACAGACCUACCCUCAGCCCAGCUAUAACCAGUAUCAGCAGUAUGCCCAGCAGUGGAACCAGUACUAUCAGAACCAGGGCCAGUGGCCACCAUACUACGGGAACUACGACUACGGGAGCUACUCCGGGAACACACAGGGAGGCACAAGCACACAGUAGCCAGUGUGCUCCGGAGGCCCCUGCCGGCUUCCUCCACCAGCGCCCACCCUGGCCCCCUCGUCUGCCCACACUGGGUCCUGCGGUGCUGGGGGACGGGUCAUCCCAGGGCUGCCUCCUUUCAGCCCACUGCCUCCCCUCCGAGGGGCUUCUUCCCCAACACAGGGCCGGGCAUUUUUCUCUGGAUUCAAACAGGCAACAAUGACCUUUUAUUUUCUGUUUGUCCCCUCACCUUCUUCCUUCCCCUCCUCCUCUUCUUCCUCCUCCCCGCCUCCUUUUUGACUAAAGAUCCCCCCCCCUUGGUCAUACAGUGAGGCUACAGUGGCUGAGGGAGGGCCCCUUCUGCCCACCUCUCCCAGCCCUGCUCCAGCCCCUCAGCUUCCCAGACCCUCAUGCAGUUGGUUGUACAUUCUUCCAGGAGCUGUUUUACUGUCUACUUUUCAGGAUUUAAAAAAAAAAAAAAAAAAAAAUCAAAAACUUAGGAAAAAAAAAAAACCAACACAAAAACCCACAAGUUUAAAAAGUAAAAUGCGGAGGGAGGAAGCAGUGACAGAUAUUUUUUGGUAAUUAUGCUUUUUUUUUUUUUUUUAAUUUUUAGAAUUUCUCUGUUUUUACUGUGGCUGUUGAUAUUUCAUCAGGAUAACCAUUUCUUUGCUGAGUUCAGGUGACGGAGGAAGAGCCACACCCUCAAAACGAAACACACACAAAAACAAAACCACAGAAUCAUCUUUAACCUAACUUUUUAUACGAUGUCUCAGUUUCCCGUAACCUUGCACACAAGCUUCUGUGUUGAGUUGAAUUGUAACUGCUUUUUGUAUUUGGAGAGAGUGUGACUAUUGAACUUGAAACCUUUUAUUCCGGGCGUCUUGGUAGUUUCUGGUGGGAUUAAGUGGGUGAGAGGGAAGAAGGGGAGGUUGGGGUGGGGGGGGGCUCCUUCCCUUCAGAACAUGAAAUUUCUCCCACCGCCUCCUCUCCAGAGGUCUUCCAGGUGCCAGACCUAAAGGUUUUUCCUACAAUGAUCCUUUGAUUAUUUUUACUCCCCCUUGACCCAUAUGUUUUAACAGAAUUUUAACAAACUGCACUUAUUAAGAAAUGUGUUUGCUUUGUUUUGUUUUCUUUCAAUAAAUGACAUGGCACCUCCUA